UUUCUAGAAAACUGGGUCUUCAAGAAACAUUGAGAAAAAUGCUUUAUGCCACUAGAAUCAGCUCGUCGAGCUCUAUCGAUUGGGGUACCUCUCGUUAGCAUCUGUGAUUAACACUUGGGAUAGUUCCCUCGUUAGUUAGAUGUUUAAUAGAAUUUUACUGACGGAUAAUCUAUCAGCUUUCUUGUUUUGAAGCGAAAUGAAGAUAUUGAAUAUAUUAUAUUAUGGAUAAUGAAUACCGUUCGAUUUCUACAUGUCCUCCAGCAAUAUAGCGGAGAUGAAAAAUACACAGUCCAAAAUACACCAGAACAAAACCAACAGUGUCUAAAAAAUUUUGAUUUAGCAGACUAUCAGAUAAUACUUUCCGAUCUUGUUGUAUAUUUAUAUAAUGAAAUACUGAAUCGAAUUAAAACAAAAUUAAUACCGAUGAUAAUUCCCGCUAUAAUUGAAUAUGAAGACCUUGAGCAAGUUGGUUUAUUGACAUCAGCAAGAAUUGCUACAUCGGUCACGGGCAAACGACCAAAGUUUUCAGCACAGGAUCUCAUAAAACAACUAACCGAUUAUCAUAAAGUAUUACAAAUGUAUUUUGUUGAACCGGCUAUUAUUCAACAGUUAUUCAAACAAAUAUUCUAUAUAGUCAAUGCACAAGCAUUAAGAGGUUUAUUGGUACGAAGUGAUUGUUGUAAUUGGAAUAAAGCGUUACAAAUAAGAUAUAAUCUAAAUCAUUUGACGGAAUGGCUCCAUAAUCAACAACUAAGAGAGAGCGGAGCUGCCGAUUGUUUACAACCGUUGACACAAGCUGUCCAAUUAUUUUUGUUGAAAAAAGAUGAAAAGAACAUUGAUGAAAUGAUAAAUAUGUGCAAAUCUUUAACAAUUGCGCAGGUGACAAAAUUAUUGAGUCUAUACAAAUCAAUGGAUGAUUUUGAUGAUCAGGUAACACCGUUGUUGAUAAAAAAAGUUGGUGAAGCUUUAAAACAACAACGUCUGGAUUCAACUAAAGAUCAAAAACGUAUUGAUUAUGAACAUCAAGAAAAUUUUGAUUUAAGUUUUACUUAUCCAUUACUGUAUCCUUAUGUGUCAUUUGAUGUUUCAUUUGAAAAUUUAGAAAUACCAAAUGAAUUUCAGCUGGAUUUUCUUCCACUAAUGUAA